AACAUCGCUGGCAGUGAGUGGAAUUUACAGAGCGAAGUAUAGCUCUAUUGCUCUACUUGCUUCAUCUCCGAUGCCUUACAUUGCUUGGGAGAAAUCAGACAUUUUACUUUGAGGUCUUUGGUAAGCGACCGAUUUGCAUUUCACAGUCAACUUCCCGAGAGAGCCAUAGCAUCCUGGGCACAUCGCAAACGAUAAGAUCCCGUGACGACAUUUCGACUGAUUAUGGUGCAAUUUGUUUUCGCGUUACAUACAAAGCAUUUUCGGUUGCGAUUCACUUCAUGAGAUCGCCCACUUUGAUAACACGAUAUCUGACGGUAGAAUGGAGUCACUCUGUAAGCCAGAUAGCACCACUAAAAAUGGCAGCUGUGACACAUUUCAUUCUACCCGAUUUGCCACAAGCAGUUGCAGAAGGUGAUCGUAAAGCCUGGAGAGAGUCAACCAUCCUUACUCGACGCAUCCGGACAAUGAAACAAGGCGUCGACAAAAUAUUAAUUGUAGGCGGCAACGAGAAAGACCAGGGCCUAAUUUCAACAACUAAGGCAAUUCAGGUAGCAACAGAAGUCACUGACGUUCCCGUUUGGUGUGUCGCCAAUCCCAACGAUCGAGAAAGUUUCGCAAGCCUUGAAUCGAAGGCUCAUUCUGGUGCAUCUGGCGUUGUGACUCAACCACUCCUGUGUAGUCAUGCUAUUGAUGUUUUCAAUAGCUACAAAGAAGCGGGACUGCACUGCGUAGCCGGAAUCGCGUUUCCGAAGUCUGUAGAAGGUCUUCAUUUCUGGUUAAAGUUAUUGGGGCAACCCGACUUAGUGAAGGACGAAGUGUUUCAAUCUCAUAUUGCCCAUUUUGACGGUGGAAAGAGCUCGUUGGAUUGGGCAAAAGCCCAGGUUGCGCACCUGGCCGGAACUGAUAGUCUACACUUUAUGCCGAUGCGAAAUUCUCUCGACUUGAAAAAUUUGCUCUCAGACAGAAAGCUUUUAAAGGUUGCUGAAAAACAGUAGUCUCCUUUUUUGACACU